AUGAUUUCAGGACGUGGUAGAGCUAGAAUUCGUGCGCCUCGUAGGGCGUUUGGACGUGCCGGCGAAAAAAACGAGUUCGAGAUUCAAUGGGAGAUUUUACAGAAUGCACUCCAGGAAAUCCACGAAAAGAAUGCAGGAACACUCUCUUUCGAACAAUUGUACCGGGCUUCUUACAAAAUCGUACUGAGGAAAGAUGGCGAUCUACUAUAUGAACGAGUCAAAGUUUUCGAGGAGCAAUGGUUCGCUGGGAAAGUCAUGCCAGCCAUUCGGAAACUUAUUACUUCAAAUCUGGUCAAUGUCGCUGCUGGUGGCGUCUCUGGAACUGCCGCAAAUGAACGAAGACUUACCGGUGAACAAUUUCUAGAAGGACUAAAGGCUUCAUGGACGGAUCACAAUUUAUGUAUGGGUAUGACCACUGAUGUCCUCAUGUAUAUGGAUCGAGUUUAUUGUGGCGAUAAUCGCAAGGCUUCAAUCUACACUACAGCUAUGGGGCUUUUCCGGGAUCACAUUUUACGUUCACCACUUCUGGACAAUUCAAGCAUGAUCACUUUCGAUAUUCUAAAUUCGGUUAUAUUGGAUCAGAUUGGAAUGGAGAGAGAAGGUGAUGUCAUCAAUCGACAUUUAAUCCGUUCUGUCAUCUACAUGCUAGAGGGUCUAUACGAAACCGACGCAGAGAAUGAAAGUGAGAAGCUAUACAUUACUGUUUUCGAACCUGCAUUUUUAGCAGCCAGCAGAAAAUUUUACCAAGCAGAAUGUCAAACUUUAUUGAGGGACUCACCUGCUAGUACCUGGUUACGUCAGACAAAGAGACGACUCGACGAGGAAGCUGACAGGUGUGAUACGACUAUCGCUCAUUUCACAAGUAGGAAGAUUCAAAAAGUUGUCGAACAAGAAUUGAUCAGUAGUCACCUGAAUGAAUUUCUUGCGAUGGAAGGAAGUGGUUUGCAGGCCAUGAUCGAAAAUGACCGAUUUGAGGAUUUAUCCAUUCUAUAUCAACUUAUCACUAGGAUAGAUGCAGGUAGAGGACCGCUGAAGAUUGCACUACAAGGUCGUGUGGUCCAACUCGGUCUGGAAAUUAAUAAAAUUAUCGCCAGUGGAGAUUUCGAAACUCCUGUCGCAGCUGAGGAUACCAAGCCCGAAGCAGAAGAGGAUGAAGCUGAAGGUGCGAAGAAGAAGGCCAAGCCGAUGAAUGCUGCCGCGAAGCAAACACUUGCAGCCAUCAAGUGGGUUGAUGAGGUCUUACGAUUGAAGGAUAAAUUCGACAAUAUGUGGAAGAAAUGUUUCAAUGAAGAUACUAUUCUAGAAACAGCUAUCACCAAGAGCUUUUCGGAUUUCAUUAACCUGUUCGACCGAUGUUCCGAGUACGUCUCCUUGUUUAUCGACGAUAACCUUAAGCGUGGCAUCAAGGGCAAAACCGAGGUUGAGAUCGACGAAGUAUUGGACAAGGCCACCACUUUACUUCGAUAUAUUCAGGACAAGGAUAUGUUUGAGAGAUAUUACAAGAAACAUCUUGCAAAACGUUUGUUGCUCAAUAAAUCUGAAAGCACUGAUGUGGAGAAGCAAAUGAUUUCUCGAAUGAAGUUGGAAAUCGGAAAUUCAUUUACGACCAAGCUGGAAGGCAUGUUCAAGGAUGUUACCAUGUCCGAAGAACUUACCCAGAAUUAUAAAAAGCACAUCGAGAACGUUGGAGAUAAGGAUCGAAAGCCAAUCGAAUUAUCUGCUAUUGUUCUGUCUACCAAUUGUUGGCCUACGGAAAUCAUUGGUGGUAUUCCUUCGUCUGAAGACGGACCUCGACAAUACUGCAAUUGGCCUCUGGAGCUACAAAAAUUACAAGAUUCAUUCAAGGCAUUCUAUCUCAAAGAUCGAAAUGGUAGAAUGUUGACUUGGUUAGGUAAUUUGGGAAAUGCUGAUGUUAAAUGUCAUUUCCCAGCCAUUCCAGGAGAAACAGGACCGAAGGGCAGGGAGAGAAGGUACGAAUUAAAUGUGAAUACAUAUGGUAUGAUCAUUUUGAUGCUUUUUAAUGAUCUACCAGACGGUGCAACUUUAUCGUAUGAAGAAAUUCAAGAACGUUUGAAUAUUAGCGAUAAAGAUUUACCACGUGCGUUGAUGCAACUCUCUGGUCCACCAAAAUCUCGAGUUCUUCUUAAGAAACCUGGAAAGCCUAAUGAAUUACCUACCAUGGGUGAUGUGUUUACAUUCAAUGCCGGUUUUGUUAGUAAAGCUGUCAAGAUUAAGGUUCAAGCAAUGGGUGGACAAACCAGCAAGGUUGAAGGAGCUGAAGAAAGAAGAUUGACCGAGGAACGAAAUGAUGAACAUCGAGGGAAUGUUAUGGAUACAGUCAUUGUCCGAAUCAUGAAGGCACGUAAAGAAUGUCCUCAUCAACAACUCGUUACAGAAGUCAUUUCACAACUUUCACAACGCUUCCAACCUAAUAUCAAUAUGAUGAAACGACGUAUUGAAAGUUUGAUCGAAAGAGAAUAUUUGGAAAGAAUCGAAGAUGCUAAAGUACCUACUUAUAAGUAUUUGGCUUGA